CUUUAAAUUGCAAAUAAGCCACGACCACACGGCCAUGAGGAAGCACGUUUUUUCAUAGCCGUUUGCUUUGUCUGUAAAACAACGUUGAGGGGUGAAAACUCCACACACACUCACGGCGUAGUCAGACAGUUUUUGUGCAGCCGUUUCACUUCUUUACUUUCGUUUCAAGUAUUAUUGUAAAAUAUUCUGAUAACCACUAAACAAUUUCCAAUUGUGACCGAGUGAGAACUUUAAUUUGCAUCCAGCGAUGUCAAGUUGUUCAACUAUCCACUUAACGUUACCGCAGUGGGACGGGGGUUCACGGAGAAUUCGCUAUAUUUAUUUGGUGAAUCUGACAUCGUUCAGUCUGACUGAGUGCUCCAACAAGAGUCCAGUGGUUCCUCUUUAUCUAGGAGCUGAUGUCUUCUCCAACACGGACAUCCGCACAGAGAACCAUCCCCGAUACCACGCCAAGUUUGCGAAGAAAGGAUUUGCAACAAAAAUUCAAUUUUCCUCAGCAUUCAGGUUCCAUGGGUUGAAGGUCCAUACGGCAAACAACAGCCUCUGGUUCUACAGCGUUCAAGGACUGUUUCGAGUAGUCUUUGAGCUGUACAGUAAGCAAGAGCAGCUGGCCGUGUUAGAGAACUUCCAGGAUGUUUGGAAAUCGCAGAUAAAUGAAAGCCCCCUGAAAAUGAGUUACAGCCUCAAUGUGCAGCUGGAAAUGCCACAACCGCAGCAUUGCCCUGUGGGCAGGGAAUCAGUGGAUGUGCAUUGCGGUGACACAGGCGAUACAUCGGCACAUCACGAUUACUGUUCUUUUCCCAAGCAGAGCUUGCAGGCUGAGCAAAGCCAACGAGUUCUCUCCACAGUGAGACAUAAAUUGAAAAGCUUGGAUGACAAACUCUCCACUGACACUCAAAGCAACACAGAACAGCUGGAGACUAUCUUGAUGCUUUUGGAGAACAUUGAUCGGCACAUUCAUGGGACCCUAGAAGAAAAGGAUGCAACAGAAACUGUGUUAGCCCUGCUAAAGGCCAAAGAUUGGGGCUGUGCAUAUUCAAGCUCCCUGCUUUGUGGUGUAGGACGAUGGCUCGGGCAACAGUUCCAUGCCGCCAACAGCAGCAUCAGCCAGAAAGUGGAGGGCUUUAAAGUGCAGCACAUCGAACACAUUAGUGACUUGCCACCUGCAGAGGAGCUCACCACAGAGCUAUUCCCAGAAGCCAUGCGAACACUGCUGCUUCAUUGGAUGGGCUUAAGUGAUGAGUCCAGCAUGGAGAAGAGACACAGCGAGUACCCCAUCCUGCUCCUUAUCCUCGAGUUUGCCAACCACAACCUCAUCACGGGUGUGGCGCAUGUGCUGUACUCCAGCCUUAUUUGUAGAUAGGAGUGGAUUUUCGAUUUUGAUUUCAAGCUCAUUUCGACUUUGUUUCAUUCAAUGAGGUACUUUUGUUUCCUGCUUAAUGCAUACCUGCAAACUUGUCACCUUUCGGUGAAAUUCACCGUUUUGAAAUCAAAAUAGGUCACCCACGUGAAUCGUGUAGAUCUGAAGAGUUUUUGUUUUGGGGUAGGGGGGGAGGGGGUCAACUGGCCGGCCGGCGUUUAUGAGAUUGAAGUGAGACACGGAGAAAAUGUGAUGUGGUGCUUUUCGCAAUAAAACAUCUUUGAUGGGACGUGUCGCGUCUCGGCCAAUCAGCGUUCAGAUGUCGACAGCGUUUAGGGGGUUCAGGUUAGCUUGAAUGUCACCCCGCUACAUCUACUGCUGUCACGCUGCACGGUGUAUCGAUACUGACAAAGUACCCGUACGUUAAACACGAUGUGAUUUAGCAUAUUUUUUGUAUCAAUACUUCAUUAAAAGAGCGCACACGCUGCUCCGUGUCAAGCUGUCUGCACGCAAUGCGCUGCGCAGCGCUCACAGCGAGUGGCGUCAAGUGGCGGAGCUUUUGAGACUUAAAGUCUUCAGCUUUAAAAAAAGAAGAAAAAGAUAAUUCCAGAAGUGAAAUGUUUCAGUUCUUUGUCUCCAAGGCAGACAGUCUGUAAAGUUAUGUAACUCUACAGCUGCUCAUCCUGAUGAACUCUGUAUAAUCUGGACAGAUACAGACUAAAGGCCUCAUAGUGUAUAAUCAAUGCUAUGAUGGAACCAUGUAGUUUCAUUAAUAUCUGGCUGUAUUAAUACUUAUAAUACUGCCAUUUGUUAAGUGUUGAAAAGGUUGGUAAAAAGUGAACCAUACAGAUGUUUUAUUUAUUACUAGCGCUUGAUUCCUCCAUGGUGAGGGCAGCGCGGCCAGCUCAUGUUUGCGCGCUGCGGCACAUUAAAACAUUAAAUAGCCGAGUUUUUUUCAGCGUGAGAAAUACGAUGUGUGGCGGGAGUGCGUGACUUAAGACCGAAAUGCAUGACACUUGAUAGCCCUGACAACAUGUACAUGCAUAUAAAGUUUAAACAGGUUUCCUGGUGGAAGUCACUUCUUGUCCUUCGAUCUCCGUGACCUUGUCCGUCACCAUGGAAACAUUGUCACAUGACAUGUCAGGACUCUGGUUCUGUGCUGUGACGUCGCUACUCGCUAGUGACGUCACGGAGCACCGAACCAGAGUCUGUAUAUAGAAGUGAUUUCCAGCAGGAAUUCAGUGUGUGAAUCUCACAGAAACCCCUCCACCCCUUCUCCAUUCAGCUACUUCCCGGGGUGGGGGCCUCUGAUGGGAAAUCACAGACAGGGUGGGUGGGAAGGUUUAUUAUAUAUUAUUGGUUAUUGGAGAAAAGAGGAAAAGGAAUUAAUUUCUAAAAUAAUGUAGAAAUUAAAAAAUGUGUUCAAGUGCACACAAUUCAGGAAGUUACUUGAGUUGUAAAAUAGUGUAACGUGGGACUUGUUAACCUGUGUGAUUGUCGCUCAAGUGGACCGUAGAGAUUUCUCUGAAUGGGCCUCGCUCCUAUGCUAAAUAAAUAUUUCAAUGUGUGGCGGCCAUAUAUAUAUAUCUAUUAUAUUCUUAUUAGAAGGGUUUGUGGGCACUGACUUAGUCAGAGCACCCCCACCCCCCAUGAGUUUGCAGGUAUGUUAAUGCAAAGUUCCUAAAAUGUGACAUUUAAUUAUUUAUUAUAGCCAUAGUUAUUACUUUAUGUAUGGAACUUAGAAAGCUAAAAUGUUGUAUCGUUAACACCUAGCCCUCAAAGCAUUGAGUUAAUUUUAAUGGAAAUGUAAUAAACACAAAUGGGUGAUGUAUGAACAAUCUUAAACAACAUAAAACUUAUUUAUUUUAAGAACA